AUGCGGCCAGGAGGAGGGGCUCUAAAAUGUUUGGUCGGAAUCCACACCAUUGGACACGCCUACUACCAAGCCAGCCCCCCCGCCUCCCACGCUAACUUUGCCACCGCUGCUGGAAAAAAUCCUAAGGGAAACACUGAACACUCUUGCUUUGAGCACCACACACACAGAGGCCUGGCGUCUGGGAUGUCGAUGGAAGACAGUCCCAUGGAGGAGUUGGUGGACCAGGGGUUGGGGAUGGAGGAGACGGGACUGAGGAGGCCCUCUUUCAGGGAGACCUACCACCACGACUCCCUGCUGGCUCCAGACACAGACUUCAUGAUAGAUGACCGUAGCUCUGCUGCGAGCGGCGUGGACGCGGCGGACCGCCUGACGUACCUGGAGCAGAGGAUGCAGAUGCAGGAGGAUGAGAUUCGGCUGCUGAAGAUGGCCCUGGCCGAUGUCCUCAAGAGACUCAACAUCUCAGAGGAACACCAGGCCGCCAACGCCAAGAAAGCACACGCUGGGAAAGCUAGGCCUGUGUCUCUGGCCCUGCCGUCCAGACCAUCAAUGAACAGCCCUGCCUCUUUGAAGAAGAGUUACACAACCUCCACACUGCCCUCUACAUCCACCGCACGGAACUACAGCCCCUUACCACCAGCAUCAGCCAAGAGUGGUGUGAAGAGUCCAGUAGGCAGUGUGAAGGAGAGUCCAUGUAUCUCUAAAACGGCUCGGCCUGGCCCCCGACCUGGCCCCCCAGGGUCCACAGCCCCCGGCAGUAAGAAAGCUGAAAGCAAAACCAAGGAGCCUGCAGCCAGUGUAGGGUCGAGGCAGGUGACUCACUGUAAAGUGACUAUGCAGAUCUAUCUGAACCCCCUAACAAGAAGGACUGGGUCUUCUGAAGCGGCCAAAUCAGCCCCCACGGUCCCCAACUCUAGACCCACCAGAACCCCCACCCCUCCUCAGACCAAAGGAGGCCCCCCCACCUCAGACCGAACUAAGCCCGAGACAUGCAAAACACCCCCUGCCUUCACCCUCCCCCUGCAGAAAAGCACCAAUCAGAAUGUGUAUUCUUCUAUGGAAAUGUCCAAUUACAAAAGCCCCCUCAAGUCACCAAGCCAGUACUUCCAAAUCUGUUACUAAGGCAAUAGGGUAGGCUAGGAGGAGGUAGAGGUUGCUCCUAACAAUUGGUCUAGGUUCAGAUAUUGUUUCCUCCUCUUAAAGGUUAAGGUUAGGAUUGGGGGAGGGUAAUCUGAUUCUAGAUCUGUGGUUAAGGGCAACUUCUACGUCAAGCUCUUACAAGUGUAGUAGGCCUGUAAGCGAACUCGGUUUUCACGAUGUUUGAAAAAUGUUUGUGUUUCUAGCAAUGUGAGGGAAUUAGAAGUAGAGGUUUUCAGUAAUGUUUGAGAUUGACUGAUAGUUACAAAGUUUUGGUUUUGAGGUGUUUUGUUUCACCAGCAGUAAAGGGAGUUUGUGAGUUUGCUUGUUUUGUUGAAUUUCCCAGCACCAUCCGUGACCAUAGUCCUCUUAACUUUUCCCUCUGUUUAAUUUCUUACAUAUUUCUGUCUGUCAACUGACAGCCUGUGUUUUUUUUCUCCCGUUUCUGUCUGUUUUAAUGUCUCCAUUUUGUGUGUGUGCUUUGUAGUUUUACUUCAGUAAAAUAUGAAUCAUCUCCCUGACUUUGGGGAUGUAUGAGUGAAUUCUCUUAUUUGGUUUAUGAGUGUAUUUGUCUGUCUCUGUUGACAGCCAUUAAACAUUUCAGUCAUCACCUGCUUCGACUACUGUCUAU